GGGAGUAGGCUGCAUGCAGUAAUUUUGUUGACGGAGCAAUCGCUUUCGUUGUGCUGCAAUGGGUUCGGACACCAAGAGAGUCGCUGUAUUUUUUAUUAUGGUUUUUCUUCCUUUUGUUAACUCGUGGCUGCUUUUGCAGCUUACUUUGAGAUAGACCCCUUAAUGGUUUUUUGCUUAAGAGCUAUUGACUAGGUAUUUUUUUCUCCUUUUUUGGUUUUUAGAGAAGGCUAGUGAUUGAGGUUAAUUUAAUGAAUUUAUUUUUUGGUGUGUAUUCAGUGCGUUAUUGUAUAUAUAUACACACAUACACAAGUGCAUCACUUUGGAGUGACAGGAUUAUGCUUUUAUUGUGAACUUUGUGGACCGGAAGUCUAAUUAAUCUUUUACGUCACUGUAUUUUCUCAGGACUUUCGUCAUGUUUAGAUCAAUAUAAACCAAUUAGCGCAAACUAACGUACAUGUUACAUUAUUCGACAUUUUAAUGGCUGUCUGACGCACUUAUCCUGGACAUUAAUGUGAUACAAAUUAAAAGCCCAACAUUAUGACGUGACCAGUCGUUCUUCUGGGCGUCCUUUAUUUACCCUCAGAAGACAAGUGGAGGACAGGUAAACACUGACGGAGGUAAACAGGCUGGUGCGUCCGGCGCUCCUUAAUGUGUCCGACGUCGUCGCUCUGCCAGUCGGUGUAAGGUGGAGGCGGGCUGAGGCGAUGUUUGGGUCAGCUGGUUCUUGUUGGUGAUCACUUGAUUAACUUGGUCCUGCUGCCACGCCUCCCCGGACACAACGGCCGACCUUGAGGACUCCGUCAUGGAGCUGACCCGGCUGGCUGUGGAUGCUGGCCAGUUCAUUAACCGAGCUGUUCAGUACACCGGAGAGAGCCUCGGCCAGGCGGGUAAGACUGAGCUGGACCCCGGGCUGGAGGAGCUCCUGGCUCGGGUGGACGCCACCAAGACCUGGACGGAUUUAAUCAUUUCUCAAAUUGAGGUUUUACUGCAACCUAGUCUAGGAGCUCGAUUAGAGGACCGUCUAUACGAGCAUCUGGAAUGGAGCACCCCACCUCGACCACGUGCACACGAGUUACUGGGGGAUCAAAUGACCCAGGCUGGGCUGGAGAUCGGAUCAAACACACCCUAUGGAACAGCUCUGAUAAGGUGCGGAGAGACCCAGAAGCAGCUGGGAGAAGCUGAGAGAAAGUUUGCAGAAUGCACCAACAUUCACUUUCUCGCCACUUUGAAGAGCUUCACAGAGGGGGAAUACAGAGUCAUCCAGUGCGAGCGCAAGAUGCUGGUGAACAAGCGUUUGGACUUGGAUAUAGCCAAGACCAGGCUGAGGAAAGCCCAUGAAGCAGACCGAGAGGCCAGGAACCUGAACGCAAACCCGCUGGAAGACGACUACCUGUCUCAGGUUUCCUACAUGUUCAGCUUCCUGCGUGUUAAAUGGCUUAAGAUUUGGGCUCAGGAAAUCUCUCAGGCAGAGAUGGAGCUGAGGAUCUGUCAGAGUCUUUUCGAUCACCAGUCAGAAAUCACAAGACGGGCUCUUGAAGGAAUCGGCAGCACCUACACCAACCACAUGCGGAGCCUUACGGACUUUGUAGAUGGCCAAGCAUCUUUUUUCGCUCAGUGUAGCCAACAUGCUCAGGAACUGCAAAGACAGCUCGCCAGGAUUCCAGCUGUCUUUUGCUCUAAUAACUGGCAGUCAGCAGUUAAUAAUGAGCUCGAUGGGCCAUCAACAAGCAGCCAUGUAGCUGGUGUGUCUGUUAGGUUGGAUCAGGUCACUUCGGUUCCAGAAGGAGUUCGCCAGCUACCAGACUUUGACCAGGAAUCGUGGACUGUCACUGCUCCUCGUAAUACCUCUUCAACUGCUCUUUUACCUGAUCACACUAACAAUAACAAUAACAACAACACCUUCUGCACUCCAGGCCAAGCCACCGGCCACCAAUCAGCAGUUAAAAGCCAGGUAUUUACAGAACAAACAUUUGAACUUGUCGUUGCAUCCAACCAAACAGAUGAGCUCCCAUCACCCGGCAGCAGGACAGAUCUGGGAACUAACAGUUCGCCUUUUGCUGAAAGAGCUUUUCACUGGACAUCCAAUGCAACUUCUUCAUUAUCCAAUGGUUCUGCUAGUUUCACCACAGCAGUCUCAACGUCUUCUCCUCAAGCCAGUGCAAUCCCAAAAGAGGCUCAGUCGGCAGAUCCGGGAGCUACUGAAACUGCUGACAUCACAACAUCCAGUGGUGUGGUUCCUGAUUCCCAAACUACCAAUGAAACUCAUGAGCAGCCAAUGGCCAAUGGAGAAGGUCUCUAGUCAGGGUUGUGGCACCACUUAAAGCAUUUCACAGCUGGUUCUGACGAUAUCUGGGGCGGCAGUUGAUAUUUGUCCCAGUAAACCAUAUUUAGAAGUAACAGUGUACAGUAACAUUCAUUAUACCUAGAAAGAUUAAUUAUCCUUAUGGGACUGUUCAGUAUUUAUAAAAGUGAUUGCUUUUAGAGGGCUUAUAUCAUCAUUUGUACAAAAAAAAUGUCUUCUCAGUUGUGUUUGGGCUUGUGGCGCAUGAUGGCUAUAUUAAUUUCAAUGUCAACGAAGGCAAGCACAAAGCAGCUGAAUUUGCCAAAGAGUGAUGACUUUACGAUGGGAACAUAUGAUUGAUAGGGGAGGGCAUCAAUGCAUUACUCACUGGCCACCCAAGAAGAUUGUUGUGAUACCAAAUUCUCCAGCUAAAAUGCGAGUUCAUAAAGCAAAACUUUAAAUAGGGUUUUAUUCAGUGAGGAGGUGGAAGUCAGCCGAAACGUUGCCUGAGAGCAGUAGCUCAAAGACCUAACUGACCGGCCCCUUUCUCAGGGAUUUAAAAGCUCUCUGUUGUGAGCCCAGUCUGUAAUUUGUCAAAAUGAUAAAUUGUAAUUAAAAAACUCUGGCAUUAA